GCGAGACUACCAGACAGGAAGAGACGAACGCGAAGGUCAGGAAUUAAUCAUGGCAGCCCGCAGUAUGCUGGGGUCUCUGUGGACCUCAUUUGCAGGCUUAAAAUUGGCGACAACAUGCACCAACCUGCAGCUUCAACAGAGGAUAAUUACUACCAGGUUACCGGCUUUAACAUUUCAGAGCCGAGGGAUCCGCCAAGUGGUGGAGAAGAGAGAGGAUAAAACAACAACCAUCGAGGGACAGAUACUGGACGUGCCAGCAGGACCACAGCCUCCAAACCCCACAGCCAAGUGUCCAAUCUACAGGUGGAACCUGCAGAACAAAUACAGCUACACGGAUGUCCUGUUGCUCAGUCAGUUCAUCAGGUCAGAUGGAGGGAUGUUGCCCAGGAGGAUCACUGGUCUCUGCCCCGAGGAACAUCGCAAGAUUGCUAUCUGUGUGCAGAUGGCCCACAGAGCAGGUCUGCUGCCUGACCACAAGCCCAAACUUCCAGAGGACCACGUCCCUAAGAGGCCUAAGCCUCAACUUAACAGAUACCUGACCCGCUGGUCCAUUGAUUCUGUGAAACCUAUCUAUAAAACUGGACUGAAGUGGUGUAAGAGGCGCAUGUCUAUAGGACACCCAGCACUCAAGAACAACGUGCGCUACGGCGUGAAGCCUCUUUACUUGAAACAUUGACAGACAGAAAGUCUUGAUGAAUCUACACAGCGACAGGAUGCAACUCCAAAUGGAUUAACUUUUCUCACACUGCCUUGGGAAAAGACCUAGAAGCUUCCUCCAUCUGUAUUUAUUUAACCUUUUGUUUAUAAAACUGCGUCACGCUUUCAAUGAAUCACCCUCAGCCCCACCCAGAAUCAUCCAUUCUCUCUCUGCUGCAUCUCAAAAAGCCCUUGAAGUGAACUCUCUGACAACUUAAUGUGAGCCUCAGCAUGGGUCACAGUUACAGUUUCAAAGUAGGUGGUAUAUUGACUGUGUAUAAACAAGGCAACACAGAUGUGCAAAUAAAAUGCGCUCAACAUGU